ACUUGUGGUCUACUGAGAUUUGAAGGGCAUGUGUCCGCAACACAUUCCAUCUUUCGUGCAGGUUGCUUCCCACUACUAGGUAGGGGUCCAUUGUGCAGCGCCUGGUGAGUCGGGUUUGGUUCUUUAUUGGGCCCAGCUGACCCCUUGAAUCGCCAAUAAGAAUAGCCUGCUUUCUUGCCCUUUUUUUCAUGCGACUCAAUCAUUAUUCAGCAGUACAAGGUGAACCUCAUACCCAGAGAGAGAGAGAGAGAGAGAGAGAGCUGAACUAUCUUGAGAUACUCCAAAAGAAGAAGAGCAACAAGAAGGUACAGUUUAAAGAGCGAUGAAGGCGAAAGGUGGUAGCAUUGGAGGCACUAAAAGAAGGUUUUCUUGUAAAGCCAGGCUUGGUGAAUUCCUCAAAGAAGGACGAGGUAGGCUGUACAUAAUAAGGAGAUGUGUUGUUAUGCUUCUCUGCGGGCACGAUUAAGAUCCUAGGUGUGUCCGUGUGUAUAGCAAAAGUCUGGGUUAGUCCUCUUUCCUAUUUUUUAUGUUAAUAUAUGCCUUUUGGCUUUAACUUACAUCAUAAUUAAAGAUUAGAUUAGCUUAGAUGAGGAAGUUUGUUCAGUGUUCUCCAAUUUUUUUGUUUGAACCACCUAAAUCUGGCUGGGAUCGGAAAACUACUGCAAUAUGUGAUUAUGUUCAGAUUAUCAAACCCUUGUUUGUGGAGAAGCAGAAAGCAGAAUGUCUUCAGACAUGAAAGCUGUAUUAAUUAAUUUGUUUAGCUUUUGCAAGAUAAUUUUGGCUACAAUAGACUUGUGUGGUGAUGUUUGGGCAAAAACAAAGAGAA